GCGCAGACACCUCUUAACAAACGCGGGUUAUUUAUAGGGCGGGCGUUCGGUGCCAAUCCCUUUUUUUCUCCUGCCUACGAAUUAAUUGAGAGAUUGAGAGAGAGAGGGGGGGAGAGAGAGUCAGUGCCUGUUGUGUGUUUGUGUGUGUGAGAGAGAAAGUGGGAGUGGUUUGGAGGGUGGGGAAUCGAUCAAUCUAUGCAACCGAGGAAGAGGAAGCCUUCGGUUGGUGUAGAGCAGACGAAUUUGGGAUUUGAGUCUUGUUUCUGUUGCUGUGGUUGUGAAUGCUGCUUCGGUUGUUGUUAUUAUGAUUAUUAUGAGCUUGUUUGAUGAUAACCUGCGCUGCGCUUCCAAUCUCAGCCGCUUCAUUGCCGGCCUUCUUCUCUUCCUCCUCUAUCAUUCCUUCCAAUUGAUUUCUAAUUUUCCGAUUCCUAUACAGCCGUAAUUUUUUGGUUUUUGUUUUUCUUCUCUUUUUCAAGUGUUGUUGGUGAGAUCAGAUUUCGUUCUCCAUUGCUUUUUGGAUCCCAGUUUUGGGGUGUGCUCAAUCUGAUAGGAAAAGGGAGAGGUAGAGAGAGAGAUAUUCAGUUGUUGGUUGAUGGAACUCAAAGAUGGAGACGAUCCGCUGUUCGGCGAGGAUUUUGAUGGCAUUUGUUCGUCCGUUGUUGAAAGACACCACAAUGCCUUGCCUUCUGUCAUUGUUAUUGGUGGGGGUAUAUCAGGGCUGGCUGCAGCGCGCAUGCUUCAAAAUGCAUCAUUUAAGGUGAUCCUACUGGAGUCACAAGACAGAAUUGGCGGGCGCAUUCACACUGACUACUCAUUUGGUUGCCCAGUUGACAUGGGAGCUUCAUGGUUACAUGGUGUCUGCAAUGAGAAUCCAUUGUCUCCCAUUAUACGCCGUUUGGGGCUCACUUUGUACCGUACAAGUGGUGACGACUCCAUUCUAUAUGACCACGACUUGGAAAGCUAUGCACUAUUCGACGCAAAUGGACAUCAAGUUCCCCAAAGUAUGGUUGUUGAAGUUGGAGUUGCAUUUAAGAAAAUCCUUGAGGAGACUGAUAAAGUGAGGAAGGAACAGAGCAAUGACAUUUCUGUCAAGGAAGCAAUACUGGUCGUGCUGGAUAGGCAUCCAGAGUUAAGACAAGAAGGGCUAGCAUAUGAAGUUUUGCAGUGGUACAUAUGUAGAAUGGAGGCAUGGUUUGCUGCAGAUGCAGACAUGAUAUCUCUGAAAGCCUGGGAUCAGGAGAAAGUUCUUUCUGGUGGUCAUGGGCUUAUGGUCCAAGGGUAUGAUCCUGUGAUAAAGGUUCUGUCUAGAGACAUUGACAUUCGUCUAAAUCACCGGGUUAAAAAGAUUGUCAAUGGGUAUAAGAAGGUGGUAGUAACAGUUGAAGAUGGAAGGAAUUUUAUUUCAGAUGCUGCGAUUGUCACUGUGCCACUGGGCAUUCUAAAAGCCAACUUAAUUGAAUUUGAGCCUAAGCUGCCAGAAUGGAAACUGUCUGCAAUAUCAGAUCUUGGUGUAGGAAACGAGAAUAAAAUUGCGUUAAGAUUUGAGCAUGUCUUUUGGCCAAAUGUGGAAUUUUUGGGUGUCGUUGCAACCACUUCUUAUUCCUGCGGCUAUUUUCUUAAUCUCCAUAAGGCUACAGGUCAUCCUGUGCUCGUCUAUAUGGCGGCUGGUGCCCUUUCAUAUGACCUUGAGAAGCUGUCAGAUGAGGCUGCUGCCAAUUUUGUGAUGUUACAGCUGAAGCGAAUGUUUCCUGAUGCAACUGAACCUGUCCAGUAUCUUGUAUCACGUUGGGGAACUGACCCAAACAUUCUUGGAUGCUAUUCCUAUGAUGCAGUUGGGAAUUCAGACGAUAUAUAUGAUCGGCUUCGCGCCCCUGUGGGUAAUCUUUUCUUUGGAGGUGAAGCUGUGAGCGUAGAUCAUCAAGGUUCUGUACAUGGCGCCUAUUCUGCUGGAACCAUGGCAGCUGAAAGUUGUCAAAGGCAUCUAAUGCAGGGGCUCGGGAGUCUGGAAAGAAUUCCCCUGGCUGCAUGCAGGGAUGAAAUCGUUGAGACGACAAUUCCGCUUCAGAUUUCAAGGUUGUAAGCUAGGCAACUGAAGUACCGUUGACAUGUUCGAACUUCGAUUAAGGUUUUAUACUAUGGAGUGUAUUUUCUUAGAACUGGGAGUGUGUUUGAAACUAAGCUGUUCUUGAUCUUCUAAGUUUGUUUCGCAAGCAGCCUGAAAAAAAAUCAUUUGAAGUGCUGUUUUAGUACUUAAUAAUGGGAUUACAAACAAGUUGCGAAGUAGCAGCUCUGUGAAACUAAGUCCUUUGGUUUUGUUUUCAUUCAAUUUUCUUAUUAGUGGUAAGAAAGCAAACAUAUGAUUUUUCCCCCUUAUCUGUAUUAUUACAGAAAAUGAUUUCUCCCUCA